GCUGCAGGGCUUCUGAUUAUACACUUGUUUUUCUGUGGAAUUUUCCAGGUUUCUGAGCCCAGCCUUCCUCCAUGGAUACUCCUUGGUCACUCUCAAGAAGUUACCUCCAUUGCUUGGUGUCCUUCAGAUUUCACUAAGAUUGCCACGUGUUCUGAUGACAACACUGUGAGGAUUUGGCGCUUACGACGCCGUCCUGAGGAGGAGAAACCAGCAUUCAGCAAAAUCAACUUGGUGGGCUGGGUCGCACAGAAGAAACCAGAACAAUGUGGAGCAGGACCGCCAGCCAGCCCACAGACUACUCCUGCCAAGGCCUUCACAGUGGGCAGCCCGUGCAUUUCUUCACCACAGCCAGCUGCCUGUGCUCCCAUUUAUUCUGGAGACCUUCCCCUGUCUACAAACACUCCGACGGGUGCUCUCAAAACCCAGACAGCCACAGCCUGCACCCCAGCCAAGAGGAGCGAAGCCAGCCCAUGCGCUUCUCCCAAACUGAUCCCUUCCUCCAAAAUGUCUAUUAAACAUUGGGUUACAAGGACUCCAUGCUCUUCUCCUCCAGAAGUGGGGAAAAAGGCUCCUUCUCCUAGAAAAGCCCUGGCAGAAGUCACCCAAGGUCUCCUGGAAGCCGCUUGCCCUCCUAAAGCCCCACACUCGCAGUUUGAAAAGCGUGCCAAGAGAAGGCUUGAUUGCAGCAAGGAGGAUGAUGCAGGGCAGAAGUGUCUGCAGGCCUGUAGCUGUGUGACUGAACUGGACCAUGCGGCUAAGAAAUCCAAGCUGAAUUUAUGUCACUUGGCUGCAGACCAAAAAGCUUGUGAUGAAGGCUCUCCUAGCCUGGUUGACUUGGAUAACAAUUCUGAAGCCUCCAGCUGCAGCCCAAAAGAGCCUUCCUUUCCUAGAAGCUGUAUUAAUCCAUCGGGCAUUCAAACUCCCCCUCAUCUUUUCAGAUCUCCAUGUGGGAAAGAUGCUGAGGUAGUAGAUAAAGAGAAUAGUUCACCUGAAAGAAAAAAUUGGUUGUCUGCUCUGGGAGAGAAGCUACGGACUGGCAGAGCUGGCAGCCAGAGCAUGUUGAACAGCCCCCCAUCAUCUUGCAGUCCUGGUGCCAAACGACAAGAGGCUGUGGCAGUGGCCACUUCACCGAAAACAGCUGCAACCGCUUCAGUUUCCAUGAGGAAGAUCUGCACAUACUUCCACAGAAAGCCACAGAAUGACUGA